AUGAAAUUCUUGGCUAUUGUCCUCCUCGCCGUGGUGGCCUGUGUUCGGGCAGUGCCUUAUAUGGGAAUGGGGAUGGGUAUGGGCGGUUAUGGUGGUUAUGGUGGUUAUGGUGGUUAUGGCUACCCGGGCUACGGCCUAGGCCGCGGUAUGUGGGGUCUCGGCGGCGGCAAUAACUACGGCAGUGGUUCGAACUACGGCCACAAUGGCUACAAUGGAGGAAGCAACGGUUUUGGCAGCAGUGGCUAUGGAACCGGCGGCGCCAGUACCGGUCACGACAUCGGCCAUCAAGAACAUGUUUACGACCAACAAACCCACGAGGCAUCAUCCACCGGCCACAACGUCGGUGGCACUAAUCAAAUGGGAAGCCAAGGCAUGAACACCAACGCCUUCGGCAACUAUGGAGCCGGCGACCAGGGCUACGGCAACAUGUAUAACCAUGGUAUGGGCUGGAUGGGCAUGUAA